AUGGAUAGAAGUGCGCCAGGUCCCUCUAACUGUAAGAAACCUGAAGUAACGCCUAAAAACCCAAAAAGAAUUACAGAACAAGACCUAUCAGCUGCAUUGGAAGACAUGAUACUGACGGUACAGGAAGACGUUGCAGGGUCGGUACAAGAGGACGUCGCAGGGGCGGCACAAGAAGACGUUGCAGGGCCGGAACAAGAGGACGUUGCAUUAGCUGCACAAGUGGACGUUUCGGAACCAAAGUGGUCCGACGGGCCCGGCGAAAUGAAUGAGUUUCAAUUUACAAAAAAAACACAACUACUAGUACUUACUCCUGAAGAAGACGUGAGGUUCGAAGAACCUUUCUUGCGAAUGUCCAAGCAAGAUUUUGAACAUUUAAUUACAUUGAUAGAGCCUGCCGUGAAGAAACAUGACACGUACAUGCGAAGUGCUAUUACCACCAAGGAAAGAUUAGCUGUUACUCUGAGAUUCUUAGCUACUGGAGACUCAUUUACAAGUUUGCAAUACCUCUUUCGUAUAUCCAAACAACGAAUAUCUGUGAUUAUUCCAGAAGUAUGUGAUGCACUGAUUGAAGCCCUAAGGGACUACAUAAAGGUACUCUCUUCCGAAGAAGAAUGGUUAGCUGUAGCAAAGGAAUUCGAAGAAAAGUGGAACAUUCCUCAUGUAAUAGGUGCAAUGGACGGUAAACAUGUCCAGCUUCAAGCACCAUGGAACAGUGGCACUGAGUAUUAUAUUUAUAAGGGUUUUUCUAGUAUUGUGCUCUUUGCAUUAGUUGACGCCAACUACAAUUUUUUGUAUGUUGAUGUUGGCUGCCCUGGUAGAUUUUCAGAUGGAGGUGUUUUCAAAAAUAAUAAAUUCUAUAACAAGUUAGAAAACAAGGAACUGAACAUACCAAACCCAAAAUCAGUGCAAAUUCCUUAUAGUAUUAAGGUUCCUUAUAUGAUAUUAGGUGAUCAAGCAUUUGACUUAAACGAAUAUACUAUGACACCAUUUACAGGUACUCCACCAGUUGGUUCUAUUGAAAGAAUUUUCAACUACCGCCUAUCCAGAGGACGUAGGGUCGUAGAUAAUGCUUUUGGAGUAGCUAAUUCUGUAUUUCGGGUUUUGAGAAAACCAAUACUACUACAAUCCGACAAGGCAAAGAAAGUAGUGUUAGCAGUUGUAUAUCUACUACAAAUCCUAUCUACACACCGCCUGGUUUCUUAG